AUGGCUUCCUGUGAAUUUGACAAUGUUAAGGUGGAGAAAGAAGAUGCUUUGUGGAGGUACAACAUGGAGAGGAAUUUGAGGAUCGGUCUUAGCUUCGUCGGGUUUUUGUUGGUUUUGUUUUUGCUGUCGGUUUUCUUGUUACCCUCUUUGAUCCCUCCCACCGUGGAGAUUGCUGGAGAUUUUCGUAGAUAUUCGGUUUCCACUUUUAAUAAGCCGCUCUUCAGUUUCAUCCUCGUAAACAUCAUCAUCCUCGCUGUUUAUGUUUUGUCUAACCGAGGUCAGAUCCAUAAACAAACCGCCGGUACUGAUAUCUACGACGAGUAUGUUAGCUCUCGACCAAGUGUACCCAUGUCGGCCACAGACGAGACCAUGGUGGACAAACAAAUGAUCCUGGUGAAAAAUGCGGCUGCUCUACUUUCUCCGGUAAAGCAGCAACGUACGGCCAGUGACCGUGAUACAAUUACAGAGACAAAACGUUCCGUUUCCCCAGUAAAACAACCACCUACGGAGGACCGUACAGAUCCAACCCAAGUGAUCAAGCAAAAGGAGUACCGAAGAUGUCGAUCGAUGGUUUCAGAAUCUCGAAACCAACGAACCCGCGAGUUUCGGAGGUCGGAGACGACCAUGAUAAGCCGAGAGCUGGUGAUUUCAGACACAGAGCCACCGAGGACAUCAAUGGAUGAGAUGAGCAGCGAAGAGUUUCAGUUGAUAAUAGAUAGUUUCAUUGCCGACAAAAAGAAAACCCUGAUGCGAGAAAACAAUGCCCAUUACACCGAGAUGAAAGAAAAGUGCAUGUCAAUUGUGGUUAAGAGUUGA